UGCAAAUAGAGAUCGAUUAAUGGGUCUCACGUCCCAACUGAUUCCAGCUCUGAUCUGCUUACUAGCAUGUACCAGCAACUUCACCCACGGACGCAACACCUUACAAGAGACCAUCAAAAUGCUGAAUGUCCUCACAGCGAAAAAGGAUCCACGGUGUAUGGAGCUGACCGUAUCAGACGUCUUGGCUGCCCCAAAGAACACAACUGAGAACGAAACCUUGUGCAGGGCCGCGACAGUGCUCCGGCAGGUCUACAGGCACCACAAGUGCUUGACCAAAAUAUUGAGCGGACUUGACAGGAACCUCAGCAGCAUGGCCAACAAGACCUCCUGUCCUGUGAACGAAGCCAAGAAGAGGACACUGAAAGACUUCUUGGAAAGGUUAAAGACCAUCAUGCAAGAGAAAUACUCAAAGGGUGGAAGCUGGAUAUUUUAA